GGCCGAGCCCAAGGCCCCCGGGCGUGGAGGUGGGGGGCUAAGGCCCCCGAGGGGGCCCCGCUGCGAUGGGCAACCUGGAGAGCGCCGAGGGGGGCCCGGGCGAGCCGCCUUCAGUAUCGCUGCUGCCGCCGCCCGGCAAGAUGCCGAUGCCUGAGCCCUGUGAACUGGAAGAGAGGUUCGCCUUGGUGCUGAGCUCCAUGAACCUGCCUCCCGACAAGGCCCGGCUCCUGCGCCAGUAUGACAAUGAGAAGAAGUGGGAUCUGAUCUGUGACCAGGAACGGUUCCAGGUGAAGAAUCCUCCCCACACUUACAUCCAGAAACUCCAGAGCUUCUUGGACCCCAGCGUAACCCGGAAGAAGUUCAGGAGGAGAGUGCAGGAGUCAACCAAAGUACUGAGGGAGCUGGAGAUCUCACUUCGUACCAACCACAUUGGGUGGGUGCGGGAGUUUCUGAAUGAUGAAAACAAAGGCCUGGACGUGCUCGUGGAUUACCUGUCCUUUGCCCAAUGUUCGGUCAUGUUUGACUUUGAGGGUCUGGAGAGUAGUGACGAUGGUGCAUUUGACAAGCUCCGGUCCUGGAGCAGGUCCAUCGAGGACCUGCAGCCACCCAGCGCCCUGUCAGCCCCCUUCACCAACAGCCUCGCUCGCUCUGCGCGCCAGUCUGUGCUCCGGUACAGCACUCUCCCUGGGCGCAGGGCCCUGAAGAACUCCCGCCUGGUGAGCCAGAAGGAUGAUGUCCACGUCUGUAUCCUUUGCCUCAGAGCCAUCAUGAACUAUCAGUACGGCUUCAACCUGGUCAUGUCCCACCCCCACGCCGUCAAUGAGAUUGCACUCAGUCUCAACAACAAGAAUCCAAGGACCAAAGCCCUUGUCUUGGAGCUCUUGGCAGCUGUGUGUUUGGUGCGGGGAGGUCAUGAAAUCAUUCUUGCUGCCUUUGACAAUUUCAAAGAGGUGGCCUGCAUGCAGUUUAUCAACAUCGUGGUGCACUCAGUAGAGGACAUGAACUUCCGGGUCCACCUGCAGUAUGAGUUCACCAAGCUGGGGCUGGAGGAGUUCUUGCAGAAGUCAAGGCACACAGAGAGCGAGAAGCUGCAGGUGCAGAUCCAGGCAUACCUGGACAAUGUGUUUGAUGUGGGAGGCUUGUUGGAGGACGCGGAGACCAAGAAUGUGGCCCUGGAGAAGGUGGAGGAGCUGGAGGAGCACGUGUCCCACCUCACGGAGAAGCUUCUGGACCUAGAGAAUGAGAACAUGAUGCGUGUGGCAGAGCUAGAGAAGCAGCUGCUGCAGCGGGAGAAGGAACUAGAGAGCGUCAAGGAGACUUACGAGAACACAAGCCACCAGGUGCACACCCUCCGGCGGCUCAUUAAGGAGAAGGAGGAGGCCUUCCAGCGCCAAUGCCACUUGGAGCCUGGGGCGCGGGGCCUGGAGUCUGCGGGCAGCGAGGCCCUGGCCCGGAUAGGCCCCGCAGAGCUGAGUGAGGCCAUGCUGCCCUCCGAUCUGGACCUCCUGGCUCCAGCCCCGCCGCCCGAGGAGGCCCUGCCUCUGCCCCCGCCGCCAGCUCCUCCCCUGCCCCCGCCCCCACCCCCGUUACCAGACAAGUGUCCCCCAGCCCCACCUCUCCCUGGCGCUGCUCCCUCUGUGGUGUUGACAGUAGGCCUGUCAGCCAUUCGCAUCAAGAAACCUAUCAAGACCAAGUUCCGGCUGCCUGUCUUCAACUGGACAGCACUGAAACCCAACCAGAUCAGUGGCACUGUCUUCAGUGAACUUGACGAUGAGAAGAUCUUGGAGGACCUAGACCUGGACAAAUUUGAAGAACUGUUCAAGACGAAAGCCCAGGGCCCUGCCCUUGACCUCAUCUGCUCUAAGAACAAGACAGCGCAAAAGGCCGCCAGCAAGGUGACCCUGUUGGAAGCCAAUCGUGCCAAGAACCUAGCCAUCACCCUACGCAAGGCUGGCCGCUCUGCCGAGGAGAUCUGCAGGGCCAUCCACACCUUUGACCUCCAGACGCUGCCCGUGGACUUCGUGGAGUGCCUGAUGCGCUUCCUGCCCACGGAGGCCGAGGUGAAGCUGCUGCGGCAGUAUGAGCGGGAGCGGCAGCCCCUGGACGAGCUGGCGGCCGAGGACCGCUUCAUGCUGCUCUUCAGCAAGGUGGAGCGGCUGACCCAGCGCAUGGCUGGCAUGGCCUUCCUGGGCAACUUCCAGGACAACCUGCAGAUGCUCACGCCGCAACUCAAUGCCAUCAUUGCAGCGUCUGCCUCUGUCAAGUCCUCACAGAAGCUGAAGCAGAUGUUGGAGAUCAUCCUUGCACUGGGGAACUAUAUGAACAGCAGCAAGCGAGGAGCUGUGUACGGCUUCAAGCUCCAGAGCCUGGAUCUGCUGCUGGACACCAAGUCCACUGACAGGAAGAUGACCCUGCUGCAUUUCAUCGCCUUGACGGUGAAGGAGAAAUACCCAGACCUGGCCAACUUCUGGCAUGAGCUACACUUCGUGGAGAAGGCCGCGGCAGUGUCCCUGGAGAACGUGCUGCUAGACGUGAAGGAGCUGGGCCGGGGCAUGGAGCUGAUUCGGCGGGAAUGCAGCAUACACGACAACAGCGUCCUUCGGAACUUCCUCAGCACCAGCGAAGGCGGGCUGGACAAGCUGCAGCGCGACGCCAGGACGGCUGAGGAGGCCUAUAAUGCAGUCGUGCGCUACUUCGGCGAGAGUCCCAAGACCACACCCCCGUCUGUAUUCUUCCCAGUAUUUGUCCGAUUCAUUCGUUCUUACAAGGAAGCAGAACAAGAGAACGAAGCUAGAAAGAAGCAGGAGGAGGUAAUGCGGGAGAAGCAGCUGGCUCAGGAAGCCAAGAAACUGGAUGCCAAGACCCCAUCUCAGCGGAACAAGUGGCAACAGCAGGAGCUAAUUGCAGAGUUGAGGAGGCGCCAGGCCAAGGAGCAUCGGCCUGUUUACGAAGGGAAGGAUGGUACCAUUGAGGACAUCAUUACAGUGUUGAAGAGUGUCCCUUUCACGGCCCGUACUGCCAAGCGGGGCUCCCGCUUCUUCUGCGAUGCAGCCCACCAUGAUGAGUCAAACUGUUAACCCCCAAGGCCGGGGCUCUUGACAGGCCUCCAUCGCCAGCCCGUUGUCAUUCGCCACCAAGCCAGGAGUGCCGCACCGCCCAACAGCCCCCCUCGGGCUCCAGGCCCCCACUAAGACCCCCCCGAAGGCAGAAGCACUUCAACUCUCCAACCUGUGCACCUGGAGCCCUGGAACUGGCCGAGGGCGCAGCGCAGGGCUAUGCUGCUCUCGACCCAGUGUCCACCCGAGUCUCAAAGCUGUACGUGCCUGGCACCACUGGGGGCACUGGGUCUUUUGGGGCCUGGCACUUCCCUGGUGCCUCCAGGACUGCACUUUGGCCCCAGGGUCUUCAACUUCAUUUCCUGACUGGAAGGUCACCAAGGGUCAGCUCAGAGCUGGGAAAAGUCAUUUCUAGCUUUAGCCUAUACAAGGGCCCACAGCCUCCUCUGUCACUAGGCCAGAGGGACAAGCGGAGAAAGCAGUUAUCCCUAUUUUUUUCUCCCUUCCUUUUCGCAGGCCCAUGAUCAGCUGUGGUCUGGAAGUAUCCAGACUCAGGGAGCCCCAGAACCCUACCAGUCUCAGAUCGCCUUUUACCAGGAGCAAGGCCCACCUAAGCCUGGUCCCCACCCAGCUGUGCCCUGGUGAUAAGGGUAGAGGAGAGAUGCCACGCUUACUGCCCUUGGCCCUUUCCACUCUAGGCUGACUGUUGUUGGGUGGGCAGAGGGGUAGAGGUUCUCCCUGGAUCGCUAGAGAAAGCACCCUCACCUCCUUUCCACGGCUAGGGGUUUUUUAGCAGGAGACAGGGGGCAUGGCGGUCUUAGCUGACUAUUUGCUCAGUCUCCUGCCAGUUUCUCCUCAGCCCCUGCAGGGGAAUACAGGAACCCACUUUCUGUACAUGUACCACCUCCCUUCUCUCGUGUACAUAAAUCCCAGACCUUCCCUCUCCCAACAAAGGCUUGAAGCACCA